AUGCCAGAGCUUGAGAAGCUGACCGAAAGUGUUGACUUCCUCAUAUUCCCCGCCGACCUGAAUGCAGCAGAGCGAAAGCAUGCACGCGAGGUGGUGAAGGCUCGGAAGCUCAUGUCCGUCUCCACCGGAUCAGGCGAAGUGCGGCAACUACAAGUUUUUCGCCCCGGGACCAAGAAGGCCGCGAAGUGGAAAGGGGGAGGUUCGGGCAGAUGCGCACCUGCUUAUCCAGGCGAGGAGCAGCUCAGUCGGAAGCUGUCGUCUUUGCUGCGCCACAGCGCCGAGCAGCGUGGGAUAGGCAUGCUCCAAGAUGGGUAUGCGCCACUGUCCACGGUGCUUGGCCUUCGGGAAUUCUCUCGCUUCAAGCACACUGCCGAAGAGGUGGAGGAGCUUGUGGAGAGGGAUCAGAAGAGACGCUUCGAGCUCACGACAAGGGCUGGCGAGAUGUGGAUUCGCGCAACCCAAGGCCACACCAUGCGCUCUGUGAAGGAUGAUGCACUUCUGCAGCCAAUGGGGCUUGAAGAAGCCCAGGCGGUAGAGAGCUGUGUCCACGGGACCUACAUGAUGCUCUGGGAGGAGAUACUGAACAGCGGUGGUCUUUGCAGGAUGGCUAGGAACCAUAUCCACUUCACCACCUGCACUUCGACCAACACUGUGGUCA